UUUUUAACAUUAGUACUAUUCUAAAUAAUGGCGCGCCUCCGGAAGCCCAGCCCUACGGAGCAAACCAUAUUCAUGCCUCCCCCCACACCUACCACACGAACCAGUCCCCGCAAGGGCGUGCGCGAAACGCCCUCAACCCGCAAACUGCGCUACACCUCGCCCGAAGACUCCGAUGAAGGCUCAAUACUCGUUCCAAAGGCUCCUAUCAACCAGUCGCCGGUUAGGAAACAACGCGUGCUGCGGCCAAUGCCAAGCAAUGCGACUCUGGCAAAGAGACCGAGUACCGAGAGUCUGCGCAGCCUAGCAGCAACACCCGACAAGGACAGAAGGCCUAGGAGGCCGCUUAGAGAGGGUGGAAGUGCAGCGAACCAUCUCUACUCGAAGACUCUGGCCAAGACUGUGGCGAGGAAGAAGGGUCCCUUGAGCCUUGCACGGUCCGAGGUAGAGGAGACAGUCGUUGAUGAAAACGACGUUGGGCAGAGCAUCCUGUGUGGUGACGCUGAUGGUCCAAGUGAGGAAGACAAGGAGAAUGUGCGGCAGUCGGUAGAGGAGAGUGAUGCAGACGAAGAGCCCGUAGUCGCUGCAAGGAGGAGACCUGAGCAACCGCGAGGACGGAGGAGGGUGGUGUCCGACUCUGAGGAAGAGGAAGACGAGGAGUGGGAUGAUGCCGUCAUGUCCCAGCACACACAAGCCCCAGUUCCAGAGCCUGCGUGGAAGCCUUCCACGGACAUGCCACCACCGCCCCUUGUUUCCAACAGGCCUCCGUUCAGAAAGGGCCACAGCACCAUAUCGAACUGGGCGCAAGAUGUGAUCGACCUGACAAGUUCUCCCGCGCCAUCGCCGUCGUUCGCACUCCCACCACCUGCCCGAGCGCGCACUGCGUCUUUCGCCGCUUCUUCCCGCGCAAGCAGCAGAGCGUCGAACCGUGGAGAUGAUGUUUUAGUCUACUCCCCAACUCCUACGAAACAACGCUCACCUCGCAAGGCACCCCCGAUAUCGCGCCCAAGCACACCUCCUCAGCUACCCAGUCCUUCGAAGCUUGCCUCGCCGUCAAAGAAAAAUAUUCGGAUCCCAAAUGUACCAAAUCUGCGACCCAGCAUCGAUGCCUUCUGGGAUCCCGAGAUAGUCAAUGACCACAAUGACAAGUUCUCGCCCUCGAAGCCACUUCUCUCGCCCCGGAAACAGAACCUCUUCAAGCAGCUCGAAAAGCAGAUCAACUCCAUAACCAUCUCCGACGACGAGAGUGACUCUUUCCCCUCACCAACAACUUCACCACGGAAGAAGAAAGUACAGUCUCCUACGAAAAAGGUAUCGGCAGAUGGUUCUUCGCCAACCGUAGCGGUCCUACGCGCCCAACGCAAGGACUUUGCAGCCCGUAAGCACGCAAUCGCCGAAACCUUCAUUGCUGAGGUAGACAUGGCUAUCACGAACGGCCGCAUCGCCGAGCUCUCUAGCAAUACUGGAGGCAUCCAGCUCGUCUGGUCCAAGACGCUCAAAACGACUGCUGGCCGUGCCAACUGGCGCCGCGAGCAAAUCCGCCUGCGCACUGGACCUCUGCCCACGGACACGCGUGUCGAAAUCCGGCACUACUGCUCCAUUGAGCUCGCCGAAAAGGUCAUCGACGACGAAGAGCGGCUGUACAAUGUGCUUGCACACGAGUACUGCCACCUCACGACCUUCAUGAUCAGUGAGGUUCGCAACAACCCGCACGGCGCAGAGUUCAAGUCGUGGGGCGCGAAAGUCACGGCCGCGUUCAGGAGCAGAGGCGUCGAAGUUACCACCAAGCACUCGUACAAGAUCGACUACAAGUACAUCUGGGAAUGCGUGGCGUGUGGCUGCGAGUUCAAGAGGCACAGCAAGUCGAUCGACCCUGUGCGCCAUUCGUGCGGCCGGUGCAAGGCGAAACUUGUGCAGACGAAGCCGACUCCUCGCAGCGGCGCUGUCGGUAAGGAUGGAAAGAAGCCGAACGGCGAGUACCAGGUUUUCGUCAAAGACAACUUUGCCAAGGUGAAGAAGGAGAUGGAGGGCAAGGGCCAGGAUGCAGCUAUGGGCAAGGUUAUGGAGGUGGUCGCGAGGGCGUAUCGAGAGAUGAAAGCUGGGAAGGCGAAGGAAGUUGAGAGCAAGGUGGAUGAUUUGGAGGCUGCGAUUGAGAGUUUGAGGAUAUGAGUGCGGAUACGGCCAGACUUCGACGAUUUU